CUAAUGGCAAAAUCUGCGCCUCACCCUUCUGUGCUCAAUCUUCCAUCUAUCAUCAUCAUCAUCUCCAUUUCCACUCUGAAAGGCACCAAAAAUGGCGCUUACUCUCUCCAACGCCUUCCUUCAAAGAAGCCUCCCCCUCCCCCAAGUCUCCCUCAAAAAGCUCAGUGGACCGGGAGAGGGGUUCAAUAAGGCGCGGUGGACUUGCCGGAAAAAGGACAUACACCCGAAGUUCUACGAGGACGCCAAGGUGUACUGCAAUGGCGAGCUGGUGAUGACGACCGGCGGGAGCAAGGAGGAGUACGUGGUGGAUGUGUGGUCUGGGAACCACCCUUUUUACCUGGGCAGUAGGUCUCAGCUCCUUGUGGACGCCGGCCAAGUCGAGAAAUUCAGGAAGAAGUUUGCGGGUUUGACAAGUAUUAUGGAAAUCCCUGUGCUGAAAGGAGAAAUUGUGCUUCCUCCUAGGAAGAAAUCCGCCGGGAAAGGGAAAAAGAAGUAGAAAAAUUCAUUGUUUUGGGUUAAAGUUUGGAGCUUUUGUAGUUAUUGGUUCCUAAUUUGACAUGUUAAGUUGUUAACUCUUCAAGUGUUUCAUCUCAAAGAAAUGAGUUUUCUUCCUUUUAGUGUUUA